GCACGCCGUGCUCACCACCGACGCGGGGGCGCUGUUCUCGCUUGGGGAGGGCGACCGCGGGCAGCUGGGCCUCGGCGACCGCCGGAGCGCCCUGGAGCCCGCGCAGGUCCCAGGCCUCGCGGGCUUCCAGGUGGUCGACGCCGCGGCGGGCCUCGCGCACAGCCUUGCGGUGACGACGCUCGGCAGGCUCUACUCGUGGGGCGGCAACGACGAGGGGCAGCUGGGGGACGGCUCCCUCGUGGACAGGUCCGUCCCCCGCGCGGUGGAGGCGCCGAUGCCCGUGCUCGCCGCGGCCGCCUCGGGGGUCUCCGCGGCGCUGCUGGAGGACGGGGCCGUGCUCGCCUGGGGGUUCGGAGGCCGAGCGCGGGCGGGAGGACGCCCCGAGUUCGAGUGCCGCGCCUGCCGCCUCGCGCUCUCGGGGAGCGUCCUGUGCGCCGUCGGGGCCAGCGGGGAGCUGCUGGUCCGCCUGCUUGGCGGCGGCGGGGCGGCCGUGCUCGCAGAGGGCGGCGUGGUGGCGGCGGGCGCGGCGUCCAGGCACGUCGUGGCCCUGCUGGGGCCGCAGGCCGCGGGGCCCGCCCCAAGCCGGGGGCGCGGCGAGCGAGACGGC